AUGCCUUUUCCAAAGCAAGAAUACAUCGUAUCUGUUUCUUAGUAUCUAAAUAAACAAUAUGGACAUCAGUAUUAUAUUUGGAAUUUGAGUGAACAUGACUAUACAAGAGAGUUAUUUCUGAAUUAGGUUUCAAUGCAUUCUUACAUUGGAUUUGCAUGUCCACCUCUUUAUGAGUUACUAUUAAUAUGUAAAUCCAUUUUGGACUGGAUACAACAUCAAGGCAACGUUGCAAUUAUUCAUUGUUAACAAAAUAAAGGAAGGAGUGCCAUACUCCUUUCGAUUUUCUGGUCUCUUGUUUUUAAGGUGAGUAUUGAUGAGAGUUUUUACAUUAUUGCAAAAGCAAUCGGACUUAAAUCUCCAUUAAAAUCUUAACUCAUGUAUAUACAUAAGUACUUGCACCAUUUGUUGACUAAUGGAUAAUUGAACACUCAAAUUAUAAAGGUGAAAUCUGUUAUCUUAAGUGGAAUUCCAAAGUAGUUCUAGAAUUUGAAACCAUUAUUUCAAGUAUUGGAUAGGAAAGGAAUACUAUAUGAAGAAAAAAAUCAGAUCAUACAAAAAAAUGAACAAUGCAUAUUCAUUCUCCCAAAUUUAUAAAUAAGCAAUGAUGUUGUAUUUAAAUGCAAGCACAUUACACCAGAAAAUGAUCUACUUCCAAUAUUUAGAUUCUAAAUUCAUACUGGGUUCUUAUUCAAAAAUAUCAUUCGUUUCAAAAUAAACGAUCUAGAUUCUUAAUAACAUUUUGAUAAUGAUAUCUAUAUUGAUUUAGUGUAUCUUAGAGGAAAUAAUAAUUUAGAUGACUCAGAUAAACUGAAUUAUGACUAGCAAUCCUUAGAAGGUUAUUAGAUGAUAAAAUAGUUAUUAAAUACUUGUUAAAUGAUGAGUUUAAAUAUUAAAUUGGAUUUAUUCUAAGAAAAUAAUAUUUUUCAAGAAUAUCAAUAACCAAUAUAGCAACAAUAGAAACAGGAGUAACUGGAGGAGGUCACUGAAAACAAUUAGAGAAAGAAAACUUAAUAAGAAAAGGAGAAUUAAUAAAUUGUACAAAAUCAAAGUAAAUAGGAAGACAUUAAUGAGAAACUUUAAGAUAAAGUUAUCAGUUAGAAUGAAAAUUAAAAUAAUGAUGAUGAAGAUGAAAUCAUAAUUUGA